GAGUGGAGUUUCUGCGGAGAGACGCUCCGAUGGUGCUGAAUUUUUCCAAGAUGUCGUCGCUGGAACAGAGACUCUCCCGAAUCGAGGAGAAACUGAAGCAGGAAAAUAACGAACCUCGCCGACGGAUCGACCUCAACAUCGACAUGAGCCCGCAGCGUUCGCGCCCGAGGCCCAUCAUCGUGAUCCAGCUCAGUCCUGCUCCAGCCCCUUCCCAACGUGCAGCUUUGCAGCUGCCGCUGGCCAACGAUGGCGGGAGUCGCUCCUCUUCUUCAGAGAGCUCACCACAGCACCACUCGUACCCCAGUCGACCACGACACAUGCUCACAUUGCCUACUCCACCCUACGGCCUGCAGAAGAGCCUGGAGAAUGCUGAAAUAGACCAGAAGCUACAGGAAAUCAUGAAACAGACGGGUUACCUGAAGAUCGACGGACAGCGUUAUCCUGCGGAGGUGACGGAUCUGAUCAACGAGGGCGAGAUCGGAAGUGGUACCUGUGGACAGGUGUUCAAAGUGCGAUUCAAGAAAACCGGCCACGUCAUCGCUGUCAAGCAAAUGCGGCGGACGGGUAAUAAAGAUGAGAAUAAGAGGAUUCUUAUGGAUCUGGAUGUGGUGUUAAAGAGCCAUGACUGCCCGUAUAUCAUCCAGUGCUAUGGAGCUAUAGUCACCAACACUGACGUGUUCAUUGCCAUGGAGCUAAUGGGGACGUGCGCGGAGAAGCUGAAAAAGCGGAUCCAAGGGCCCAUACCAGAGUGCAUUCUGGGGAAGAUGACUGUGGCGAUAGUGAAGGCUCUGCUGUAUCUAAAGGAGAAGCACGGCGUCAUCCACCGAGACGUGAAGCCCUCAAACAUCCUGUUGGACGCUAAAGGCCAGAUCAAGCUCUGCGAUUUUGGAAUCAGCGGCCGCCUCGUCGACUCCAAAGCUAAAACCCGCAGCGCCGGCUGUGCUGCUUACAUGGCGCCUGAGAGAAUAGACCCUCCAGACCCCAGUAAGCCUGACUAUGACAUCAGAGCUGACGUUUGGAGUCUUGGCAUCUCUCUGGUGGAGCUGGCCACAGGGCAAUUCCCGUAUAAGAACUGCAAGACAGACUUUGAGGUGCUGACCAAAGUGCUACAGGAGGACCCUCCUCUUCUGCCUCUCAGCAUGGGCUUCUCCCUCGACUUCCAGUCCUUUGUUAAAGACUGCCUCACAAAGGAUCACAGAAAAAGGCCAAAAUACCACAAGCUGCUUGAACACAGUUUCAUCCGGCGCUACGAGGUGCUGGAGGUGGAGGUGGCAGGUUGGUUUCAGACAGUGAUGGAGCGCACCGAGUCUCCACGCAGCAGCCAGUGCUACAGCCAACACCAGCUCCACUCACUGUUCAGCAGGUAGCCGCACACGCAGAGACGGACGGAUGGAGAGACAGAGGGACGGAUGAAGAGAGAGUGUGGAGGGUUGUGUGUGAAAAGGGGAAGGGAUGGAGCAAUUGAUGGCUGGUUUGAGACAGAGUAAAGAUGACUGACAGACAGACAUGGGCAAGUGUGUUGUAAAUUGAAACCUAUUUAUAUAUUUUUCUUUUUUUUUCUUCUUCUUCAUCCACCACUCUAUCAGGACGGAUAUUAGCCUUAGGAGUUGCUCGUCGUGCACGUUCACAUGUAUAGUGUCAUACACGUUCACUACCGUUAUAAGCUAUAGAGCACUGUACAGUGUAAAGCGACAGCUGUGAAUAUCAUGACUUCUUACAUCACGUAUUGACUUCAAAUCAGUGUAAGCCAUAUGGCUGCGCGGUGUGUGUAGCCACCCUACAUAGCGUGUGUACAGUUUUUUGUGUUUAUACUGAUACUGUGUCUUUCACCACGGUCAUUAGCUCCACAUCCUCCAUUAGCCCCUUACUCAGGGACUGAACAGAGUAGUCGAACAACACUGAGCCAAGGUGUGUGUGUGCGCGCGCGUUAUGUGUUGUUUGUGAGUAGUCUUAUUAGAUCUAAAUUUUAAUAUAUGGCAAGUCCUCAUUUUCCUGGACAGCUCGCGUGUCCGUACAUAUUAAAUAACUCAAGGAAAAUAGAUGGAAACGGUAGCAUUCUGAAAUGAUUGUCUAUCAAAUAACACAUUUUUCGAGAAGUAGGACUUGUUUAGAAAUAGUGAUCGACUUUCAACUUUGCUGUAAAAACAAAAUAAAAAAAAAUUAGUUUAGCUUAAAGCAUUUAAUCUAGAAUAUACUUCUAUUUAUACACACCUCGAGAGUUCUUGGUAUGCAAGCAGGAGAAAGACUGAGAGGGGAAUUGUUUGCUGGUGAUAAAAAAAAAAAAGACCCCACAACCUAACGCCUGGUUUAUCCUUCAUUAGAAGCGCCGGAACGUUCCUGGUUUUCCAGAAUAUCAGUUUCUCAGCUAUUUGCACGCCGCCAUAUCUUUUGAUGCAACAAGAGUCACAGAUAAGGUCGCAUCGUCAAGACAGUGUUGGACUGGAUACAGUACAGAAUGUUGCUAAUGAAGCCACACACACACAAAAAAAAAACCCCAACAACUUUAUAAGAAAAAGCUUUUAUUGUGUUGACCAGGAAGACAUUCAGUGGCGUGCACAGAUAGACACGAGGUGGUGCUCAAGCACCUGGCCCUCUGCCCUCUGUCCAAAAAAGUGCCCUUUUUGAAUUUUUUUUUUACAGUUUACUGAGGCCAAUGUCGACAUGAUCUUUUAGAAAAGCCGCGGCAUUAAAAGCGUGUGUGAAAAUAAUGUCCCGAUGUGUGCCCCUUCCGCACACACACCGGACCUCUGUCUCUCUUGCUCUGUCACGUGAACAAGCGUGCAGUGCAUUCAAUGUGAGGUUGCAGCAGCAUAGCGUCCUGGAAGCCACGGCCUUGUCGUAGCGCAGACAACACAUCGGGCAGUCAGUCAGCUCUUCCCCUGCCCCACCAGCCAGGUAACACAUGAAUCGAGUGAAAAUGUAUUGUUUGCCCUCUAAGCCCAAGCUGUAAUUAUUUUGUCGUGAAGUAGCCCGUCGCAUACAGAAACAACUGCACAUAAGUAUUAUAUUUUUUGCUAGACCAUUUUCAGAUUUAGGAAAGCAAACAUUUCUUUUUCUAUUUUGUUCCUGGCAAAGUCAAAAAGCCUUGAUGUAAUAAAUUAACAUUAACUGGUUGUUUUACACCUUUAAAAACUAAAACGGGUCAGUGGCGACCCGAAUGUAAGAGGAGGGCUAAAUCUCAGACUUUUAUAAUAAGGUGUUCCACAUGCGCAAAAAAGUGCCCUUUUUUCCCCCCAGAGCACUUGCCCCCCAAAAUGUCUGUGCACGCCACUGAAGACAUUUACAAAUAAAUACAAUAAAGAAGAAAGCGAAUCAUCAAAUUCGUCGAUACUCAUCUGGGUAUCGCGUUUAAAUCCAGCCAUUUUGACAUGAACUUCUCCUCCAAAGUGCUUUUCUGAUGGUUUCAGGAGCCACUUCGGACUGGCGCAUCAACCAAGCUCUUGUGUGUAUAUUUCUACAAAGAAGGUAUAAAAAGGAGAUGAAGACGAGCCUGAAUGGAAAGAUGGGGACUGAACAUCGAUUCCAUUCAGUCAGUGGAACGUUUUUUUGGUUUUGUCGCCCGUCCACCUCCAUCGAAAUCGAUCCUUUUAUUAGUCUUCUUUCUUUCCAUCAUUUUAUCUCCUUCCAUUGAUGGUCUUUUCACGUUUGAAGUUCAGCGAACCAAAGCGUUUUAGAUUUUUUUUUUCUUUUUCCUCCUACAAUCCCGUGUCACCAGUCGACCACAGCUUACAGAAUUGCCACAUUUCCCAGAACCAAAGCCGUAGCUGAGAAGGCACUGCUCUUCUCGUUAAAGCCAAAUCAGUGCACGAGCGAAAGGAAAACGGAACGCGAGAGCGAAGAAAGAAAGUGGGGGAGGAAGAAACGGGACAUGGUACGUCGACCGAAGGAUCAGGACGAGUAGAAUACGGCGUGUGAAAGAAGUUGGGAAUGUAGGAACGGACGGAGGAGAGAAGGGAACGGAAAGUGUAACGAGAGCACUAAAGUUUUUGGAGUGUGUAUCUUCCUGACAGUGUUAAGGUGAGCGUUUGAUCUUCACUGACUGCUGGACAUUGCAGAAAAGCUUUCCAUGGUAUCAAACCAGUAUACCUGGUUCUUCUGUUCUUGUUUAUUUUUUUAUUGCUAGGGACAAUUAGUGUGUUAUUUUUAUCGUCUUAUUCAUUCUUGUUGAAUUUUUUUUAAAUUAUGAUUAUAUUUAUUUAUUGUUACUGCUGCUACUGCUUUUGCUUUAGAGGCUGCUGUCGUGGGUGGGUUUUUUUUUUUGGGGUGGUUGUUCCCCAAAGGGCAAUAAUAGGGUUUUUUUUUCUGCUAUUUGUGUGUUUUUUUUUUUUUUUUCUUAAAUGUUUCCUAGAACCAAAAAAAAAAAAAAACGUGAAACGUUGCAAUGUCUGCACAUUUAACCAAAUACAUGCAAGACUGAACGUGAAGAAAGAUAUUAAGAUAGCAAGGAGGCUUUUUUUUUUUAAAAACCUCCAGUUUUAGAAAGUUCUAGAUACUUCACGAUGAUACAAAAGCAGUGUUUGAAUUUCAUAGCGAACUAAUUACUGGUAGAACAAGUAUUAAAGGUGCGAGUACAUUAAUAUAAGAGCUCUAUUUUAGCGGUUAGCUGUAAUCAUGUCGGUGGGUGUGAUUUGUGUUAGCUUUAGUCUUGUCCCGUCUUGUGGUGGAUGUAGCAUUUUGAAAUUUCUCCUCGUGUUUGGGUUAUUAUUUUUAUUUUUUAAAUAGUAGUGUGGGUAAAUGGACUUCAACAGAAAGGAUGGUUUCUAGUUGAAAAAUUGACCUUGCAAUACCUUUUUAAGAUGGACUUGAUCUGUAUAGAUGCUUUAAACAUCUCCAGACUUGCCCCACAUGAUCACGUUGUGUCAGUUUGUCAGUCAGUCACUUGCUCUUUCUGUCUGUAGAUCUUGUCAGACGUCACCCAACUAAACGUGUCCUCCGUUUUUAUAAAAAAAAAACGAAACAUCCCAAAAGCGUACGAAUGCCGAGUCAUCACGGCGAUCCUGACACUGCUUGCUCAACUUCACAUGCAGAUAAAGAGAGAUCUGUGGAACAACCCAAGCCACGUUUACAUUUCCACACACUUAACUAGCACAACCAGGGUUAGAGUGUGUUUACAUGCAUACUAAUAAUCCGAUUAUUACCCGAUCUCGACGCUCGCUGCAUUAUUCAAGUGAACGUCUAAAUUCACGCAUUCACCUGGUCGUGUAAAUAGCGUACUACCUUUUUAGAUCACAUUUGUAUAUGUUUCAAGAAACUUGCUACUUUGACAUCUAGAUUUCAUCCCAAUAAUCAGGUUAUUUAGCACGUAUGUAUAUUAUAUAAUUGUGACUGAUAUAGAUGGGGGGGAACGUAAAGCGACAGCUUGAUAACUUUGAGCCACGCUAGAGGAUAAUUUAGCUCGAUUUUAGAAGCUUUCUUAAUUAUCUUCUCCGAUCAUCCUGUGGUGUGAAGCGUGUAAAUUCGUAACCCUUCAGAUUUACGGGAGUCUUGACGUCGCGCACGAAAGACCAAUAACCAGUAAGCUGAACUCUUAUCUGUAGUGUUUUGUUUUGAGCUCAAGUCGCACCUUUUUUUUUUUUUUUUUUUAACAAGAAUUUCUACAAAAUCUCAGUUUCCGAAGCUCUCCGUCAAUGGUACGUUCAGACCAAACAUGGCGAGUGUCAAAAUUCACUGCCCUGCCAAUGGCGCUGUUGACAUUCAUGGACGCUCGGCGACAUAGAUGAAAUAUGCGGCUACAUGUUUGUUCAGAAUAUUUCAUCUUGCAAACUUUGCUUUGCGGCUGCUUUAGCUUUAAAUGAACAGAAGUGUCAAGCGGUUAUUUUUCUCCCAACUGACCAGUCGACCUCCUCGGGUCCAUUGGAGUGCUGUGGUUUGAAACGGGUAAUCAAACACCGACACGCCUCACGGGUUCAUAUGGAUUAUCUAUCUGUAUUCAUGAACUACGAUCAGUAGUCUACUAUCAUUCUUUUCCAAGCGAUAAAAGACUUGAAGAGGUAAGAAAUGAUGAAAUUUGCAAGCGAAUUCGCGUUGUUUGGUAGUUGUAUGCGCUAUAGCAUUUGAAGGCUGCGUUUACCGCACUUUGAAAGAUGAUUUGCGAUAGUAAUCAAGUGUUUUGUGUCCAAAUUAUAUCACUGGCCGCACCAGUGUUGUAAUCGAGUCACUAAACCUCGAGUCUGAGAACAAGACUCCAUCCGCACCGUUUGACGGUGGCUGUUGCUGGCUUUAUGUGAAAGCGUCUCUGCUACUGUGUUGGACUAACGUUACUGCUUGACUGCCCCAUUUUAGUUAACAGGCUACAGAUAAAAAGCUUGUUCGUCGCUCAGUAAGCCCCGCCCACUAUCAGCAGGGCAAAUAACGAGAGAGGGUUAGCACUAGCUAGUUCAUCAGUGAGCAAGCCCCGCUAUCAACAGAGCAAUGAACACAGCGUGUCACUUCCUUCUCUGGGUGGAGUCUUGCCAAACGACGACUGAAGUUCGAGGUUGUCCCCGUCGUCUCCUCGAUAGUUCUUCUACAUAUGGAACAUGUAGCAGUGCAUUUUUAUUUAUUUAUUUAUUUUUCUCCCCAAGCAAAGCGGACAAUCCUGGGGCUUCUCUCCAGGCAUUUUAGCGCCAUUAACGUUAGUUUGCUCCUGAACAUGGCAUAUGAACAGGUGAAUGUGCAUUCUCUUGCACAAAAUUAAUGUAGAUAUAAAUAUCUUAUGCCAAAUUAUUAUGGCAUGUUACAAAAAAAAUCCGAGUCACAAGUCCUUAAAAUGAGGGCACGAGUCAGACUCGAGUACUACAAGCCUGGGCUGCGCUAGUAGAGUUUUAGUGACCGGCGUUUUGGAUUUGUGUUUACCCUUUUCGGAUCACGUGACCUUGAGUCCGAGGAGGUCUGUUACCUCGUGAAAUCUUUUAAAUGUGAAGGAACAUAAUGAACAAUUGAUUCUAUGUUUAGUAAGAAAAUAAACUAACAACAAACAAAUCAAAAGCCAUUUUUAUGGUGUGAUUUUUGCCGAGUCAGAUUUCAACAUGCAGUGUAUAGGACGCGCUUACUAGCCUUGGUCUUUAAUUAGCAUUAAUAUUACUUUGUGUGUAGCCCACAUUUAAAGUAACUCUUGGUUGACGUUUAGUGGCUAAUUACUGUAAUUGGUGGCGUUUGAAGCCAAUGAAUUGCAUUCCUGCUUAAAAACAAGCAUUGUAGAGUGAAAAAGUUGACUAUUAAUAGUGCUGCAAACAGGAACACAUCGUAGAUAAUGGUGAGACUGUCCACUGCGAUUAUUCAUUUCUCCUCCGUUGGACUUGGGAACGGGUUUGAAAGGAACCAAAUUUUAUACGCGACUGUGUUCUCUAGAGUGGAGCGGAGCACUUCUUCUAAAUUCCGCUGAAACAGGUCAUGACUCGUGACGACGAAGUUGCCUGGACUUUAACUUUUGCUCUGACGUCCCACUGCUCAAGACGUGUCGCCAACGGUUAUGCUGCCGAGAGAUGCUGGCUUACCGGAAACGAAUGACUUCCAAUUGCUUUGAUGCUCUCAGCACGUUUGGUCUGAACAUACCAUAAGUAUGGGUUGUUGGGUCGUCGUCCGUCCACAAUUUACAAAAAUCGCUACUCCUCCUACAGGAUUUCGAUCAAACUCACAUACUAUGUUCCCCAGGUGGGUGUGCAUAAAAGUUGUCAAGAUGGUGGCGCCACCUGUCAUAUUUACGAUUUUAUGGGCGUUUGAAAAUUUUUGGGUGACUCGUCACUUCGUAAACUGCUGGGACGUUUCCACUGAAACUCACCCAGAAGACUCUAAAGACGUAUUCCAACAAGAAUCGUUCACCAGGUGGCGCCAUGUGCAAUUUCACAAAAACCGCUACUCCUCCCACAGGAUUGAUCGGAUUUCGAACAGUGGCCGGUAUGAGCUCCAGCUUCAUUGAGGCUGUUAGGUUUAAAGUUUCUUUGUGGUCUUGAAUGUUCAACGUUGUACAAAAACCGUAAACAUUACAGUACUGACAUUAAACACUAUUUAAAAUCUGCCAAAUACACAUUUAACAGUAACGCAACUUAUUAAUUAUGAGACAAUAAAAAUAAGCUGAUGUGUUUUUAAUAUUGCUUACCUUAUGAAAAAGAAGUUAACGUUUCGCAGUGAAAAUUGUUUAUUUGGUUGUGAAGAUGGUUUAAAUGCUUACAAGCUCCCUAAUGUCCUGAGAUCCUCAUUUCGAGGUGACACUCGUGUCUCUGAUACGAAACUGGUAUCAGCUGACGUCCUCACGUUUUGUCUCGUGCCGCUCAACAGUACACGGCAAAAACGACUACAGUGGAUCGGAUUGGAUCGGAUCAGAGCCGGUGCUUGGGCCCCGAUACAGCCACUCGAAACAGUUAUAGCAACAUUUACUAAAAGAAACCUGCCGACUGACCGACUCGGGUAGAAGGAAGGUUCUUAUUAUCAGAUUAUAUUAUGCAUGUAAACGCACUCAACCCGGUAUAUUUGGAAAUAAAAAGCUGUAUCAUGCUCCCUCUUAUUCUACUGUUAGUGUACACACACACACACACACACACACACAGCCAUGGAAAGCUGAAGUUCAGAGUGUUAAUGUUCCGAUUUUCCAGCUGUACCUCUCUUCUUUUUGCUGACACUUUUAUUUGUGUAAUUUUAUUUUAUUGUUUUAUACAUAUUUUUUUUUUCUUUUGCGUCAGUGCUGUGAGCGUGUGCACAUUUUUUUUUUUUUUUCAUUUCCGAUGAGCAGUACAUGACCUCAUUCUUAGUGGAACGAGAAGCAGAGAUCACGCCAGUGCUGCUGCUUCGAUAGCAUUAGUGUGUGUGUGUGUGUGUGUGUGUGCACGGCGUGUACUCCUCCAGCGCUGCACAAUGGGAAUUUUAUUGAUUCCCCCCCCCCCCAUUCUGUAAGUAAACCAAAUAUUUACUAUGCAGUCACUCAGCUUUCUCAAGCCCUGAACCUCCUGUAUAUAUAUACACACACACACACACACGCGCGCGCACCAGUCUGUGGUGAGACCACCUUGUGUUGCUUUUGUGAUGGACUUCUUUGCCUUCAGCUCGAGGAGAGAAUUAAAUGUAGAAAGAGAAGUGUUUCUUCUUUUCUUUGUUUGAUUCACGUGUGUGAAUGCGCUGACACAUAUUUAAGGAUUGUACUGG